GCUCGUGGAGCGCUCACCUCCCCCCCCUCCGACCUCCCGGCUGUACUGUCCAUUGUGCUGCGAGCAGACUACAGUUUGUUACAUCCCUGUACGAUUUGUCUGCGACGUUCAUUUAGUCGAGAUUGACUUGGUGAGUGGAGGCUGUAGAACCUUGUUAGACGGUGAAGGAUAACACUUCUGCCACCCCGUGGGAACUUGGCAGCGGGUGUGAGGGGAUACUGUCUGAUAAGGAACGUAGUGGAGAUUGCGUUAGGGUCGGAGAUUGUUCAGUCACAAGUUCUAUGUUUGCCAAAACCACCGAGAGGUUCAUUGAUUAGAAGAAAGAUUGUGAGCUUUCUUGUGACUUCGAGGUUGUGAGGCUCUGCUUACUUGGAGCCUGGAGUCAGCUGUACUGAUCAGUGUUGCUUCGAUGCAAGUUGGAAGCAGUACUUUUGGUAGUAAUUCUCGGACUAGUUGAGAGGACCAGUCAUUCCUGCUUCUUUAGAUCUCAGGAAGUGAAAUUACUGCUACUGCCUUGCACUUGCUACUGACAAUUUCGAAAAUUGGAGGGGAGUUACGUAAUAUUAGCGAUGUUACAGAGCAUUCUCGUGUCACAAUCUCACGUUGAACAGUCAUUGAGUGCGUGUUGAAGUGCACGUUUUGAGGUUACCGCGGCUUCGGCUGAAUGCAUGGAGGAGAAGUACUAGAAUCACUGGAUUUUGUUCUGGAUAUGUAAUUUCAUGGAGUUCCACCGACCCAAACCUCUUAGACAAGGCACAAACUCCAGUUCAGGCGCACGCGGACAUAUUAACUGAGCAUACCAAGGCGAUUUAGGGUGGUUUCGAAGCAGUAAGUUACAUCAUAGAUUUGUAUUACAUCUCAAACGAGCUUGAUCAGAAUGCCGGAUAACACAGAUGCGCUCUCCCAGCACUCGCGUGAUGUCGACGUGACUAUUUUACAGCAGAGUGUGCAAGGAUGGGCAUCCGGGUGUUUCUGCGGGGGGAUCAAAUCCGAAUUUUUUCAAUGUUGGACUUGUUCUGGAGACUCCCUGGGCCAGAAAGUUGGCUUCAAACCUCCACAAGAUGAAUUGCCUUGGGGUUUAACACAAUUUCCGGCGGCGCCUAUGACUCAAACUGUAGCUGCAACAGAUAAUGUCGCCCUGAAUCCAGUUGAAAGCAAUGCAGCGUCGACCACAGCAAUUCCUCUUGCAUCACGUGUGUCCGGAGUAGACUCUACAAGGUUGCAUGAUGCAUCGCCUGCUUUGAAUAUCAGGCGUCAAAGGGGUAGGCCACCGAAUGGAUCAAGGCAAGGACCUCGGCACGGCUUCAAAGGAGUCCGUCAGCGGACGAAAGUGCGGGGUUAUCUGGUAGAAAUCCGUCCGCCUCGAUGGAAUAAAACAAUCUGGCUGGGUACGUUCAACACUGACGCAGAAGCAGCGGGAGCAUACGAUGCAGGGGUGUUCUACACAAAAAAGAAAACCAGAUUCAAUUUCCCUUCGCUGGUAAAAACUUUCAUCCCACUGCCUGAAAACUUAGCUUUCGACCGUCCGUCGGAUGCCAACGACAUCAAGGAAUUUGUAAAGAAGCAAGCAGUUCAGGCAGCUAAGGAUGUCAAGAACAUGAACCUUCAACCCAACACCAAUUCCAGUUCAGUCGCUUCUAACCGCGAUCAGAUGGGUAUGAUUUCUGCCGACACUGCCGACACUGCCGAUCAGGAAAGCGCCAGCAAUAAUUCUUUAACCGAAGAGGUCAUCUGGUCACCUGAGUUCAUACCUUCCGACUUUUCUUUGGACGAAAACUUCCAACCACAGCCCCCGUUUAUUCCAUCAUUCGAUGAAUUUGCCGAGCAGAGCAUGGUGCAAAACUACAUAAACCUCCAACAGCGCAAUCAGAUCGGGUCGGCAACGAGCUCAGCGAGCUUCGAACUGAAGGAAGACGAUGUCAUAGCCUUUAACCUCGACUACAUAUCUUACAAUGAACUCGACUGAAUCCUCGACUCAAGUUUGCAUCCUGUGCAUCGGUAUUACUAAGAUGAUUGUCACUUUACUACCACUUGUGUAUAUUAGAGUUACUUCCUUAAGGUACGCAUCCAUUUCGGCACCUAGUUUUAUGCAAUAUGCAGCGCCUGACAUCUCUAGCAUCUUUCACAACGUCAGAUGGCAGGCGCAUGCUAGAGGAAUCAAUAAAGGGCUCCAAAGGCCAUCAAAGAAUGGUGAACAUAUAUCCACCGUGGUAUAAUCUAGACAAUACCGCAACUUGAAUGGCUCACAUGAGUCUUAUUAGCUCAUGUGAGGUAGUGGGCCAAUCAGUUAUGGUGCCAUGAUUGUAAAAGUACGUGAUCGUUGUGGAAGUAAAAUAUAACUGUGUCCUGCUAUUGCAGGUGAACUCUGACCGAUAA